UUUGUAGAACCCGUAGCGGAGUGUAUAACGAUUGUGUAGUUUAUACUCAGAUUGUUUCGCUUCAUCGUCUUCCCGCAGUGUGGUAGAGCGAAAGAGGGUUCGAUUAUGCCUCAGAAGAAAGAAAUCUGCAGGAAUUUUCAGCGUGGAAGGCAGGUUUCGGCAAACCUUGUGGGAAGUGUAGACCAAGUAACUGUGGUACUGGCAGACUGGAAAUGUGAAAGUUGAGGCAAUGGGGGGUAGGGGGGUGGGUACGUAGUGGAGAGUUUCUAAGCAUCUGGAAAGUUAUGAGAUCAAUGUUUUGAACCUCUUGCAUAUUGGGAAUAAGGAUCCUUUUAUAGGCUUGUCAAUAGGCCUUGGAGAAAGAUAUUGCCUUGCCUUCUGGAAAAAGUGCGAAGACAUGGUGGAUUCUCCUUGUCUGGCAAUAUGGAUGGAGCACUGAUCACAUGCCCCAUGGAAUCACAAUCUGCCAAUAUGGUGAACGGUGUAAGUUUCUUCACGUGACUUCACAACAGUCAAAACCGAAUGUUUUUGGCUUUGGAAUGCAAACUAGCAUGCCAUUUCAGGGAUCAAAUUCACAACAGCAAAAGCCCAAUCCUUUUGGAUUUGGUGUUCAGGGCAGCGCUCAGCGAGGAGGUUCCAAUGAAAUCAGGCCCCAAUUCAAGCCUUUUGAGAAUAAGUGGUCCCGUUUCUCCUCCACAAAUGCUGGUGGAUCCCAAUCAUCACAACAACCUGAUAAUCAGCCUAUGUCAGCUAGCCAUAAAUGCACAGACCCCGAGUUGUGCAAACGCCAAAUUAUUGAGGAUUUUGAACAUGAGAGACCACUUUGGAAGCUUACAUGCUAUGGCCAUGGUAAAAGUUCUCCUUGUGACAUUACAGGGGAUAUUAGCUUUGAGGAAUUGCGAGCAGUAGCAUAUGAUGAUGCUAAGCGUGGAUUGAGCUUGCAGUCAAUUGUUGAGAGAGAGAGGAGUUUACUGAAUACCAAGUUACUUGAAUUUGAAAGCCUACUGCGUAAUCCAUAUUCAGUUCCACGAGAUGCUGCUGCUAUUGCCAACCAAGGUGCUUUUCCUGGGGCCACUCCAAGUUUAUCAUCAUUGACUGCUCAAAAUAGCAAUGCUCCUUCAGUUUCAAGUUUCAGUCAACUUGGUGCUUCACUUAAUUUGGUUUCUGCUGCAAAAGCUGCUUCUCCACAAAAUAAUGCUUUUGUGCAACCAAGCCCUGUCCAACUCCCUAAUCAGACUACACAUUUAUUUGGGACAAACAACUCACCAUUUGGAUUUCCAGGUUCACUUGGAAGCCAACCUCGUAGCCAAUUUCCUAACCAAUCACUUGGAAGUUCACUUGCCUUGGACACAUCAACCUUCAGCAACAAUGCUGCUACUGCAGAACAGAAUCCUUUUGCCGCUUCAAUGGCAUGGCCUCAAAUUCCUAACUCUGCCGGUGUCCAGUUUCCCAUACUUCCUAAUGGGUUAAACACCAUCUCUACUGCAGUUGGACAAGUAUCUGCAACUGUGGACACUAGAAGUGAUAGCGUGCAAAGCGAGAAUGGUGGUGUAGAUGAUAGUAUCUGGUUGAAAGAGAAAUGGAAUCCCGGAGAGAUUCCGGAAAUAGCACCUCCUGCCAAAUAUAUUUUCUAAAGUUUAUUCUCAUUACACGUGAAAUUCAGCCCAAUACGAAGACAUGAUCCCCUUGUCAGUCAGGUAGCCAACUAUCCUUAUCCGUGGACUGAUUUUGCUGCUUGUUGUCAGGAAAGGCAUCAAACUUGCAUACAGCCGACGCGUCCUGAGUGCUUGCGCCGCUAGGAAAUUUGUUCGCAUCUCUAGGAACCCCAGCAACUUAAUCUUUCCCUUGACUUGAAAAAAGAUUUUCUUUUAAUUGGUGAGAAUAGAUAAAUGUUUCCCUUUGUAUGUAUAUUAGAUUAGAUAGAUUGAUUGAAUAUGCAUAAUAAUACAUAAAAUGAAUUAUGCAAAAAAAUCAGAUUGGAUUUUUGGUUGAGUGGGGUUGGGCUAGGAUGGAA